AUGUUUGUCCCGCUGGCUCCCUCGGACCAUCCUAACCUGCUUCUACGGAAGCUCGGCGUUCCCCACACUCCGGACCUUCCUGUCAGCUUUGCCUUCCGUCAGGUCGCCGUCCAGCGUGGCUGGAAACCAGGAUCCAAAAAGUGGAAGAAGAACUGGAAUACUUGCAUGAACAGCGAGUAUGACCGGCUUAUCGGCGGCCGUGGGAGCAGCCUAGCCACCUGGCAGGAGCUGUGCACGAAGGUGGGAAUCAAAGAUUCCUUUACCUCGAUCAACCAGUGCAAGAAGGCACUGGCGCGUGUCCACGUUAAUAUCGUUGACCUGCUGGAUUCCUGGAACACUGAUGCCACUGCGACUCGCUUUAUGAACAAGGAGGCGCUUGCGGCAUACACUCAGGCCAGCAAGAAGUUCUUCGGUCGAGACAUCGCCAAGCGGGAUAAAGUCCUACGUGUGCUUCUCCGCAAGCUUCUUUAA